AGCUGAUGCAAUUCGGAUGCAGUUUUUCUAAGUAAGCUGUGAACUUAUAAAUAGUUACUUGGAAAAUAUUUGUCAUAAUUCAAGCAAAAUGCCUACCGAACAGAUGGCUGAUCUAAGCAUGAGUGCGCUCUUUACAUCGGAAAAGCGUGGAAGCGAUGAGUCAGGCGAUGGCAGCGAGACAAAUCCUUAUAAAACCAUUUUGCAAGCGAUGCGUCAUGCCGCUAAAGAGCCCUUCCCCACCAUUUAUGUGGAUAGCAAGGACCCAAAGAACAGCGAGCUUUACGAGCCGGCAGCCAAGUCACAGCUGAAGAAAAUCCAAAAGAUAUUUGUGCGCGAGAGUCAGAAGAAUGCCGAUAAACUGCAGCGCGAGGCCGAGGAUGCUGAGAAGCGUGCCCAGAAUCUGGAAGAGGCGCGCAAGGUGAAAAUAAGUGAAGACACCAGCUUGCCGCCAGCCCAAAGGAUACGCAUCGAAAAGGGCGCCGAGUAUCGCAAUGCACGUGUCAAAAUCUACGGCUGGGUGCAUCGAUUGCGCCGGCAGGGCAAAUCCCUAAUCUUCAUCACGUUGCGCGACGGCACUGGCUUCCUGCAGUGUGUCUUGAAUGAUCUGCUUUGCCAGACGUACGAAGCGCUAGUGCUGAGCACUGAGAGCACUGUGGUGCUCUACGGCACCUUGAAGCUGGUGCCGGAAGGCAAGACAGCUCCGGGUGGCCACGAGUUGAUUGUGGAUUAUUGGGAGCUGAUUGGACUUGCACCACCAGGCGGCGCCGAUGCCAUACUCAACGAGGAGGCGCAUCCCGAUGUCCAGCUGGAUAACCGGCACAUCAUGAUACGAGGCGAGAACACCUCGAAGGUGCUCAAGAUGCGCUCCGUGGUGAUGCAGGCGUUCCGUUCGCAUUACUUUGAUCGCGGCUACAACGAGGUGACGCCACCCACGCUUGUCCAGACCCAGGUCGAAGGCGGCUCCACACUGUUCAAGAUGCAGUAUUUCGGUGAAGAGGCCUUCCUCACCCAGAGCUCGCAACUGUACUUGGAGACCUGCCUGCCGGCCCUAGGCGAUGUAUUUACCAUUGCACAAAGUUAUCGCGCCGAGCAGAGUCGCACGCGUCGUCAUCUGGCCGAGUAUACGCACAUUGAGGCGGAGUGUCCGUUCCUGACUUUUGAAGAUUUGCUGGAUCGCAUCGAGGACUUGGUCUGCGAUGUGGUGGAUCGAGUUUUGAAGUCGCCAUGGGGCUACAUAGUGAAGGAGCUCAAUCCCGAUUUUAAGCCACCAACGAAGCCAUUCAAGCGCAUGCAGUACGUGGACGCCAUCAAAUGGCUGAAGGAGAACAAUGUGCCCAAGGAGGAUGGCACCUUCUAUGAGUUCGGCGAGGAUAUACCCGAGGGGCCCGAGCGCAAGAUGACGGACACCAUCAACGAGCCGAUUCUGCUGAUCAGAUUCCCAGCUGAGAUCAAAUCGUUUUAUAUGGCACGCUGCCAGGACGAUCAACGGCUCACCGAGAGUGUCGAUGUGCUGUUGCCCAAUGUGGGUGAAAUUGUUGGCGGUUCGAUGAGGAUCUUCGACAGCGACGAGAUAUUGAAGGCCUACGCGCGCGAGGGCAUCGAUCCCGCACCAUACUAUUGGUAUACAGAUCAGCGCGUAUACGGCACCAUGCCUCACGGUGGCUACGGCCUGGGUCUGGAGCGCUUCCUCUGCUGGCUGCUCAACCGCUAUCACAUCCGUGAAGUUUGCCUCUAUCCUCGUUUCCUCGAUCGCUGCAAGCCUUAGAGCGCCCCAUCAAAUCUUCAGCUAUAGCAUUUAUAUUUUAACAAACUAAUUUCGCUUGAAGCUUCAAUAUACUUUGCAUUAACUAACAUACGUCCGGAUCACGUAUAAUA